AUGUUACAUUCAGCAAAAAAAAUAAAACUUGAACAUGAUACAUGUUCAAAUAAUUAUCAAAAUCGAAUCGAACCACCUCCUAAAUCUGGACAUUAUAUGACAUCAAGAAUUGAUGAUAAUGCACCAAUAUGUGAUGUUCCAUGUCCAUCACCAAUACCAAAUUCAAAUGAACCAUUAUCACAAGGUUUACCUAUUGUUAAUGAAACAGCACAAGGUGAAACAGAACGUCAUACUGAAUUUAAUGGUCGAUUUAUUAGUCUUGUUUCUCUAUUACAAUUUAUUAAUACUGUAUAUAGAUCAAAUUUAACAUCACCAAAAUGGAAAAAUUUUCGUGGUUCACGUAUUGAAUGUCGAGAUAAAAUACGUUUAAAUAAUGUUAUUUGGAGAACAUGGCAUCAACAAUUUAUUCGAAAAAUAAAAUCACUUGUUUGUCGAUUUGUUUCACCACUUGAUACUCAAACAUCAAUUACACCAAUAAAUCAUCAAUUAAAACAACAAAGUACAAAUAAUUUAAAAGAUGAAUAUAUUAAAUGGAGAGAAAAUUCAAAAAAAGCAUUACGUCGAGUAGAUAUUGAUCCAUCAAGUGAUGAAGCGAGACAUCUUUUGGGUAGUAUAUGUGAAAUACGUACACCAAAAAUAAAUCCGAAUUUUCGUCGUAUUGCAACACCACCAUCAGAUUCAUAUAAUUUAAUUGAUGAAUAUGAUUUAGUUGCAGAUCAAUUACUUUUUUCAACAACAAAUAUAUUUAAUGAUAAAGAUACAGUACUUGGUGGUAAUCCAGAUUUACAUCAACCAAUUAUGGGACAAUAUUGUUUUGAUUUUCAAACAUUAUUUGAUGAUGCAUUUGAUCCAUUAACAAAUGAUGAUUUUUCACGAGAUAAUAAUGAUUCUUUACCACCAUUAAAUAAUUAUUCAAAUCAACCAGAUUUUACAUUAGAUGGACCAUCACAUGUACAACAAGAUUUAAGUAAUUUUCAAACAUUAGUUUCUGUUGCGACAGAACGACCACGUGUAACAAUUGAACAACAAACCAAUAUUUUAAGUCAAAAUGAUUCUAAUAAUAAUGUUCAAAUGAAUUCAAUGCCUAUUUAUAAAAAUAUAUCCUAUGAACCAUUUCAUACCUAUACACAAAACGUAUCACAACCAAUUAAUCAUAAUAAUAAUCAAUUGAACAACAAUAAUAUUGACCAAAUCAUGCCUAUUACAAAUAUAUCGAUAACACCAUCAACUAAUAUUGUAAUGAAUAAUCCACAAACAUCAUUAUCUCAUGAAAUUCGACAACAACAAACUGAUCUAUCAAUUUGUAAACCACCAUCAUCAACACUUGUUGAUCUUCUAAACCAAAGACGUAGUCCACCACCACCAAUGCCACCCGUAACAACUAGUCAACGAAAACAAAAUUCAAUUAUAAAACAACCAAGAAAAUCUUCGAAAAAAUAUCAAAUACAAUUAAAACGAUUAUCUGUUCCGACAGAUAAUACUAUGGGAAAUAUAAUUAACUCUAAUGAAUUAAAUUUAAGUGGAAUGAAUAAAACGCAACAUAUUGUAGCACGUUCAACAUCCGAAGAAAUACCUUUUACUUAUCCACAACCACAAUAUUCUAUUUCGACUUCAUCAUUACCAAAAAAACGCAAUGAAUCCAUAUCAAACGAUACGAUCUUUUUAAAUGGAGAUGGGACACUUGAUUCAUCUCCAUCAUCAUCAUCAAGUGGUGGACAAAAUGCUGAAACUAAACGUCGUCGAAAUAUAAAAAAUGGUUUUGAAAAUCUUCGUUUUCUCAUUCCAGAACUAAAUAAUCCAGUUAAUGCAAAAAUAAGUAAAGCACAAAUGCUUGAAUGUACUGCUCAUCAAAUUCAACAAGCUACUCAAACACGUGAUCAAAUGAAAAUGCAAGUUGAUCAAUUACAAAAAGAAGAAACAGAAUUAAAAGCAAAAAUUUCUGAAUAUCAAGCAAGUUUACCUGUCGAUGGUAUACCUACUAUGCCAACAGCAAAUCGUUCACGUGAAGCAUUAUAUGCAUUAUUUCAUUCCUAUGUUGCUAGUCGAACACAAAAACAAUGGCAUUAUUAUCCAUAUUCACUUGUAUUAAAACGUUUUUUUGAUACAUUUCAAAAUACAGUUAAAUGUGAAUCAUCGGAUGAAUUUAUACGUUCAUUAAAUGAAUGGAAAACAAAUUCAUUGACUCUUACACAAUUACGGCUAGCUGCUUCACAAGCUGUUAUAGAUAUGGGACAAAAAACAUCUUUCAUAUCAACACCUGGCAAAGUACCAGAAGAAUGUAUUCGUUUAGCAUUAGGUGAUUUAUAG